AACAACUGGUCAGGGAGGAAGGAAAGUCUCAUUUGCUCGUUCGUUAGUUCACCGGGCAUUUAGAGUAAGAUUUGUUUACAUAUUUUUAGCGUAAGGUCCGAUUUUUAGAUAAUUCCACCGUACUCACGUUUUAGUCCGCAAGACAGCUAUGAUCGAUAAAGUUAUGCAAAUCAGCUAACGUUAGCAAACUGAAUGUCUUUCAGUCAGUUACAAUUGUCAGAAGUUGGCUAGUUCCAAGCUAGCAACUACGUAGCUAACGUUAGUGCAGUGGGGAUAGGCUGCUAACGUUAUUUAUUGUGAGCGUCUGAUAGCCUGCGGUGGGCUGUGGCCAGCGAGAAAAACAUCACGUCUGUCGAGCUGCUGUAGAGGUUCCCUUGUUUUGGAGGCGAGGAGUUGUUUGAGAUAUCCUACCAUGGAUCCCUUUGACAGUAACAAUACAGAAUUACUGAGGGGAGAAUCCGGCUGCCAUAAAAUCACAUGGAUUUUGUAAGACAAGGCAUAACUCUUCUCAUGAUGCUGAAGACGCAGAGCGUGCCAACCUGCCGAGGAACAUGAUUGAGAACAGCAUGUUUGAAGAAGAGCCUGAUGUUGUGGAUUUGGCCAAAGACUCCACUGCAUUUCCGACGUUUCCUGCUCUUGACCCAGAUGAGGUAGUGUAUGAGCCUCGUAGCUCACGGUUGCUUGUGCGAGGCCUGGGAGAGAAUGACAUAGACGAGGAUGAGGAGGACUGCGAGUCUUCAGCCCGUCUGCUGGGCAUGUCCUUCAUGAACCGUAGCUCUGCUCACAGAUCCAGCUCUUCUCCUUAUACCAGACAGGCUCCACCCAGGUCAUGUUCACGACCCUCAGUGCGUACCAUGGUUGUAUGUGUGUUGUUCCUGGUGAUAGUGGCCUCUAUGACCAUGGUACUGUACUUCGUACCUGGAUGCAAUUUUACCAAGAUGGGUUGUCCUAAGCCGAACCAGACCGCUCCCUUUGAGCCAGUCUACCCUGUGUCCACAAAUGGUGAACUGUUUCCAUGGGCACAGCUCCGGCUGCCUCGUAGCAUACGUCCUCUCAGCUAUGACCUCACCCUGAACCCUGACUUUGACAAUAUGACCUUCACCGGCCGCACUGUUAUCAGCAUGUCUGUGCUUCACAACACCAAGCGCAUUGUCCUGCACAGUGCUAAUCUCAACAUUACCAAAGCUACCGUCAAGUUGGGUGAUGGGGAGGCCAGUGAUGUGACUGUAUUGGAGUACAAACCCACACAGCAGAUAGCUAUUAAGUUCUCUGACGAGCUGAAGGCUGGCCAGUACUGUGUUUUGACUCUGGAUUACUCUGCCAACUUCUCACACACCUAUGAUGGUUUCUACAACAGCUCAUACACAGAUAAAGAUGGAAAGAGAAGUGUCCUAGCUGCAACCCAGUUUGAGCCACUGUCAGCUAGGAAAGCCUUUCCUUGCUUUGAUGAACCAGCUUUCAAAGCCACCUUUCUGAUUAAAAUCAGCAGAAAACCAAACUACAUGACUCUUUCCAACAUGCCUAAGGCUAAAACCACACUACUUCCCAAUGGCUUCAUGCAAGAUGAGUUUGAAAAGACCAGUGUCAACAUGAGCACCUACCUGGUGGCCUUCAUCGUCGCUAACUUCACCCCCAUCAGCAAAAAUGUCUCAGAAACUCUGGUCUCUGUGUACUCUGUGCCAGAGAAGAAGGAGCACACUGACUAUGCUCUGGACACAGCCUCCAAACUGCUGGAGUUUUACAAUAACUUCUUUGAAAUUAACUACCCCCUCAAAAAACUAGACUUGGUAGCUAUCCCGGACUUUCUGGCAGGAGCCAUGGAGAACUGGGGACUCAUCACUUUCAGAGAGACCAGCCUGCUGGUGGGCAAACAGUCCUGUCCUCUGGAAAAACAAGUAGUUGCCUCUGUCAUAGCGCAUGAGCUCGCUCAUCAGUGGUUUGGAAACCUGGUAACUAUGAGCUGGUGGAAUGACCUGUGGCUCAACGAAGGCUUUGCCACUUACAUGCAGUAUAUGUCACUGCAGACAGUGUUGCCCCAGCUGGACAUUGGUAAUUUGUUCCUGGCUGUGCGGUUCAGAGCCUUGGACAAAGAUGCACUAAACUCCUCCCACGCUGUGUCGACAGAGGUUAAUACACCGGAACAGGUGGAAGAGAUGUUUGACUCUGUCUCCUAUGAAAAGGGUGCGUCCAUACUCCUGAUGCUAAAUGCCUCCCUGCCAGGCGACCAACAGUUCAGAAAGGGUAUCAUUCAAUACCUAAAUCAGUUCAGUGGAUUAAACACGGACACGGAUGACCUCUGGAACAGCCUUACACAGGUCGAAGUCUCGAUGCAGCACCAGAAUGUGUCAGAGAUGAUGAGCUCAUGGACGUCACAGAAAGGCUUCCCAUUGGUCACUGUAAGCCGCAAUGGAGAACAGGUGACCUUCACACAGGAACACUUCCUGCUUACGACUGACAAUGCCACGCGUACUUCCAGCUUGUGGAAUAUUCCAGUGACGUACGUGAACGACAGCUGUAGUUUGGCCCCUGAGUGCAAACAGGUGUUCACUCUGAAGACCAAGUCAGAGACUCUUAAGCUGCCAGAAAGUGUAAAGUGGCUGAAGUUGAACUACAGAAACACAGGCUUCUACAUCGUCCACUACGGAGACAAGGGCUGGGCUGCUCUUAUAAAUGCUUUGUCCAGCAAUGUCAGUGUUCUUACACAUGAGGACCGUGCCUCGCUCAUACACAACAUCUUUGCACUCUCCAGACUGGGACGUGUGUCCUUCCUUCAAGUCUUCAACCUGUUGAAGUACAUGUCCAGUGAAACUGAGACUUCUCCUGUGACAGAGGCCUUGUUACAGCUCAAUGAUAUCUACCGACUGCUCGACAAAAGACAGGAGCACAGUCUUGUGGCCCGCAUGAAGAAUUAUAUUCUGCAUCAAUUUGGUUCUCUGAUGGACAAACAAACAUGGGAAGAGGAAGAGAGUGUGUCGAAACAGGAGCUGCGCUCAGCCCUGCUGGGGACGGCCUGUAGCCUGAAUGAAGAAAACUGCACUCAGCAAGCAAAAGCCCUGUUCAAACAGUAUGCCAAUGGGACCUUAGGGAUCUCAGGCGAUCUGCAGAAAGUUGUAUUCACUGUGGCUGCUCAGUCAACCGAAGACUGGUUGACUUUGCUCAACAUGUACAGAAAUGCCACCUAUGAUGCAGACAAACGAAAAAUGCUACAGGGCCUAGCAUCCACUCAGGACGCACGGCGUAUAGUAUGGAUUCUGAAGGCAGGUCUGAAGGGGGACAUCAUCCAGACACAGGAGUUGCCUUUGGUCAUCAGCACUGUAUGUAAAGGCUUCGCUGGCUACCUGUUUGUCUGGGAUUUUAUACAAGAGAACUGGGACCGCCUCAUAGAUAAGUUCCCUGUGGGCUCCUUUGCCAUCCAGACAAUCAUCAAGUCUGCCACCUCCCAGUUCUCCACACAGGCACACCUUGAUCAAGUGCAGGGUUUCUUCUCCGGUCUGAAGGAGCGCGGCUCCCAGAUGAGAAGCGUGCAGGAAGCUUUGGAAACCAUCAGGUUGAACCAGCGCUGGAUGGACAAGAACCUGUCUACACUCCGAAAAUGGCUCUAAUACAGGCGCUCCAUCCAGUCUCCGCCCCACUAACAGGCAACCGGGGCGUGUCGUCAAGACAACAGCAGUGUUUGCACUAUUGUAGGACUGUGUCUCUCCAACUCCCUUUAUCCAGGCCAGAGCAAUAAUCAAAGCCAGAGGUUGUGCUCUACCUGGGUGGACAAGGUGUUUGAUUUUCUGAGAUCGGUCCUGUGAGUUGUAUUUGCUAGCUCAGGGUGGCUCUGAUUGUGUGUCUGACAGGGAGUUGUCAGAUGCAAACACACACUCCUCACACUUAAUGCUGUCGACCAAACCUCUCCUCUGCAGCUCUCAUCUAAACCUCAUGCCUGAGCAGACAAUCAUGCUUCUCCCACACUCCUUUCGCUCAGCCUGCUCUCAGGCGCUUAACUGUAUGACCUGUGUAAUGGCCACUUCGAAAGAGCAGGUAUGAAGAAUGUCAACAUAACAUUCUAUUUAUGUACUGUCAGUCAUUCCUAGACUUUCUCUAAACAAUCGGAUAUAAUUAUGUAGAUGCAGCUGUCAGGGAUUCCUCAGCGAAGAGACGUUGAAAUUACAGGUACUAGAGAGAUGGAUUUAUUCUUAGCAUUAAACUAACCCAGACUAAUUCGCAAAUGCGUAUUAUAUCUGCCAGAGCAGAUGAAACGUGAGCUUGGCAGAUUCGUCUGGUUCCCAGGUUAAAACUAACCUAUUUCUGUGUAGGAACAAUAGCUGUCUGCCAUUCUGAGCUCCAGUUACUCAUGCAACCUAAAACAUUUACUAUAUUAGUCAUGGUUUGGCUCGAAAAUUGGUUGAUUGAUUGAUAGCUUGAAAUACCAAACUUGUGUUGGCAUCAAUUGAAUGUACUGAAAAACCUUCCCACUGUGUAUAGUAGAUGGCGUACUGCACAACAGUGCAGGUUUAAAUCAACAACCAAUGUGUCUUAGGUGAGAGCAGGCAGUGCACACUGGAGCCAAAUGUAAUUUUUUCUUUCUUUCUCUCUCUACCAGUCAUAAACCCGGUUUAGCUCGGAUCAAGCUUUAUUUUGAUAGCUUUCAGCCUGCAGUGCAGUCACUGUACAAUCUCAUUCUUUAACUCUUGUGUGUUUGUAAAUUUUAGAUUUACUGUUUUAAACAUCUUGACUUUUAACAUUUUAAGAUUGGCUUUGUGUUAUGUAUAUAGAGUGUAAAGAGGAAAUGUGUAUACAUAGAAUUGAUCAAGAGUCUUGGUCAAAUACUUUUACUGUAUGUCUUGAUUUAGGCCACCCCAGGGAGGUCAUUUGCUGAUGAAUGUUGUUGUGUUUUAAGGGCUAAUAUGCAUAUUGAAGAUACAAAGUGUAUAGAAGAACAUCUAUAUUGGGCAUGACUGAUCUGUCCAGUAAGCUGUUGCUCAUCAGCCAAAUAAAAAUACAGAAGGUUGAAAGUUACUCAAAUGUUAACUGGCCGUUUUGCUGAGAAUGAAGAGUAGCCUAGCUAUUUAUUGAGAGAAUUUCUAAACAUGUUUCCCCAACUUUUGUUCCAAGAUUUUAUUUAAAUACAGUUGUACACUCAUCUUGAGCUUUAUUUAAAGCAGUACUGCUUACUUAUCCACUCCAUCGCUGUCAUGAUAUUCAGGAUAACUGAGUAAAUAUACUGCAGAUUUAGCCAUUUUCUUUGGACAUCCCUAACAUCGUCAUGAGACUUGCAUCUCUGUUUUUGGUUGUCAUAUUAUGUUCUUCUGAAGCCUCUUCGUCACAGGAUUUUCUGUUCAAAAGAAUACCAAAGUGUGUCACAAAGGCGACACGCGAGAUCUGGGUUACCCCCGGCUCGGUCGUGCGUUCCAGUUCCAACAUAAUUGGCCCUGCACUGGGUGGGAAACCUUUUUUAAGGAGUCCUGUGUUUGUUGCUGCUCUAGUGAUUCCUGUUUGGUCAAAGUGGCUGUAAGGAGGGGUUGGAUCCAGGAGGGGACCAGACAAAGCGAAGCCCGGCGCGUGAAAAAACACCAAGAGACACCAUGUGUAUCAAAGGCAUGGCUGUCUACACCCUCCCCAGGUUAACAAUGAGGGUUAGCAAUAUAAUGGAGCACAGUACAGAGGAUUGUGCAUUCCAAACUGGGGAGAAAAGAAAGUAGUAAUGAGUGUGUCAGACUUUACUUUUAAGGACCUCAUUGCAGUUUAGAUCUGUCUGGAGCUUAUCAACAGUAUUGCCAUUUACUUAUUCCAUCCAGUCCAUCAUAGUUUCACAGAUAUUGUCAUAAUGUAUUACACAUCUUAUACUUUUAUGUCCUGGCUAAUUGUGGAUCACAUUGUUUUAUUGUGAAAAAGUGUCAUCAGUUGAGGACUCUUUUCUCCAGCUUCCAGCAAUCAGAUUAAUUAAUCAGCUUUAUUGAGGCUCUAGGGCUUUGUUUUUCUACCAUGUUUUGGUUGGAAAACUGAUUCAUGUGAACUCAGUUGCAAUAAGCUUUCAGAGACAAGAGUUGCUGAUGUUAUACAGGUACAGGGUUCAGUCAAAGUUGUUGAAUCCAUGAUGUGGCCGGUCUGAUGAGAGGAUUGUAGUAGAGUACUACAUGUGCAGUAAACCCAAUCAGAUUGUCUUAGUUUUGCACUGGGAUGAAAUGCUGCAGAUGCUUUUGAAACUGUGUUGCUCUUCAUGUGAACAAAAUAUAAAUAAAAGUUGUUUUCUGAA